GGUUCCCGCUCCCGCUCCCGCUCCGUGCGCGGUUCCCGGGGGUGCCGGCCCAUGGCGGGGCGCUGAGCCCCCCCCCCUCGCCCCAGCAGAGCCGGGGCCGAGCGGGGCCCCGCCGCCCCCCCCCCCCACCAUGCGCUGGGGGGGCCUGAUCCUGCUCUGCCUGCUGCGUGGGGUGCUGGGCGCGCCGGGCCCGUGGGGUGCAGGACAUUCCCCCGGGAGCCUGGCAGCGGGCGAAGGGCGACGGAGAACCCGGGAGACCUCACGGGGAACCGAGGGGACCCGCAUCAGCCAGGACCUGGUGGGGGGCAGCCUGGCCAUCGACACGCUGCCGGCCAACGAGACACGGAUCGUGGAGGACAACCACAGCUACUACGUGUCGCGGAUCUACGGGCCGGGGGACGCCCGUCUGAGAGGGCUGUGGGUCGACAUGGCAGCGGCCAACAGGAGCCAAGUGAAGAUCCACGGGAUCCUCUCCAACACGCACCGGCAAGCCUCGAGAAUCGUCCUCUCCUUUGACUUCCCCUUCUACGGCCACCUCCUGCGGCAGGUCACGAUAGCGACGGGCGGUUUUAUCUUCAUGGGGGACGUCAUCCACCGGAUGCUCACGGCCACGCAGUACGUCGCACCCCUCAUGGCCAACUUCAACCCCAGCUACUCCCGCAAUUCCACCGUCCAGUACCUGGACAACGGGACAGUUUUUGUGGUGCAGUGGGACAAGGUCUAUCUUCAAGGGAAGGAGGACAUGGGCAGCUUCACCUUCCAGGCAGCCCUGCACAGCACUGGGAGAAUCGUCUUUGGGUACAAGGAGAUCCCCGUGCCGGUCCUACAGAUCAGUGCCACCCAGCACCCCGUGAAAGCUGGCCUCUCCGAUGCCUUCAUGAUCCUCAACCCAUCUCCCGAUGUGCCUGAGUCCCGCCGUCGGACCAUCUACGAAUAUCAUCGCGUGGAGCUGGACACUAGCAAGAUCACCAACAUGACAGCCGUGGAGUUCACCCCGCUGCCCACUUGUCUCCAGCAUCAGAGCUGUGAAAUGUGUGUGACCUCGGAGCUGACCUUCAACUGCAGCUGGUGUCAUGUCCUGCAGAGAUGUUCCAGCGGCUUCGACCGAUACCGGGAGGAGUGGCUGUCCUACGGCUGUGGCCAGAAGUCAGAUGAGAAGACCUGUGAGGAUUUAGCAGAAGGCGACCACUAUUCAGCACCUCCUGACAGCUCUUUCUCACCGCUGGAUGAGGAUGUCACCACCUCCACGUCCUCGCUCUUCGUUGACAGCCUCACUACAGAAGAUGAUACGAAGCUCAAUCAGUAUGCAGGAAGUGAAGGUAUGGGAAGCAGCUUUCCUUCCAAGAAAGCAGGCGCCCCGAUUCACACAGGUACUAUCGUGGGGAUCGUUCUGGCUGUGUUGCUCAUUGCAACUAUUAUCCUUGCUGGAAUUUACAUCAACAGCCACCCCACCUCCAACGCUGCCCUGUUCUUCAUUGAGCGAAGGCCACAUCACUGGCCCGCCAUGAAAUUCCGAAAUCACACCAACCAUGCAACGUACUCAGAGGUGGAGCCGGCCAGCCAGGAGAAGGAGGGCUUUGUCGAAGCAGAACAGUGCUGAGCGCUUCUCCCCCUGCGUCUCAAACCUCCCAUGUCUCAAGUGUUGGAGUCUUCUGUUAUUCUAUUGCAAAGUCUUUCCCCUCUUGGAAAAAGAAACAGCAAGUAGAGGAAAAAGACCCAAUGGAGCAUUUGAAAAGAAUGAGUCAGGGCGAUGUGAGGCUGGACUUGCCGGGAAUCCUCAUGGGACAGCAGAGCUCGCAGCGGCAGCAGUCACUUGUGACAUUGGACUCUGCCUGCAGCCCGGCACCGAAGCCCUGGAUGUGGUGGUAGAAAAAAGUGUAGUCAAUUUUUUAGCUUGGCAUGGGUUUUUUUUUUUGUGGUUGGGCUUCUCCCCACUGUGUGUGGCUGACCUCUCCCCUCCUCUACCAGGAGUCUUAACAGGGGCAGCAAAGGGGGGGCAAAUCUCGGUACGGGCGAAAUACACAGUUGCCUCAAGCAGCAGGCUCUUGGGGACAGCAAAAUAGAUGCUUUUUGCUGCAUACUCUGGCUCCGCCUGCACUCAGGAAAGUCGGGCUGGUUGCGUCUGCCCCUCUCCAUGGAGAGGCUGGUACUUGGGGGUAGAUGCUGUUGGUGGCCCAGGAGGGGUAAGGUUGGCUCUCCAGGGCUCACCUCCCCUCUCCCAUCCCCUCUCCCCCAGCUCUGUCCCCUUCUCUGCUCUCCCCUUCACCUUCUUUUGGGGCAGGCGACAUUUAAUUUUGUCUUCACAGCUGAGAAGCCUUGAGCCCCUGUCUUUUCAUCCUGCAGCUGGUCUUCCACCACCGUGGCUUCAACUCCCUGCCCUCUUCUCCUUUCAAAGCAACAGCUUCCACCCCCUGCUCCAGAGAAAGGGAAACCUGAUCUAUUUUAAGGGCAAAACCCUGCAGAGGAUUCACCUUCAGGAUGUUUGUGAGCCAAUGGCUCUGAUGCACUUUUUGGCAUCCAAUUAGUUUGCUAAAUUACUAAUUAUGACCCUUUCCCUAAAGGAGACAGAGUGUGAAAAAUUCUUAGAUUCCUUCAAAAUACGUCCUCGUGGCGUGGCCACUAAUGCAGCAGGAACAGAGUAGGUUUUGAUGGAAGAGGAUGGGGACAGAGCACUAGCAAAAGCAGUGUCCUCCCACAGGCUAAAUCCUGAAGUAAAUCCAAGCUCAUUCAUGGGCAUUUCACAUAAAUAAGGAGUGAGGGCCUACAUGCCUUGAUACCAUUGAAAAAAAUCUAAAAAUCACCUUGUUGACAUCACAGUUUUUAGAGCCUACUCAAGUCAGUGGCAUUUUUUCUAUUUUUUUGUUAUGUCUGUGAUAGGCCCCUGGUCUGGAUUUGUACAUAUAUUGUGAUUCCAGAAUCUGACCCUAACUAAGGGCUUUGACACUAGACCUCUCAGGGUUUUCUACUCCUUCUGUGCAAUCAGAAUUCAAGACUAAUCUGUAGAAAUACUCUACCCUACUUCCACAGACACCAGCUGCAGGAUUGGGCCCUAAACUGACAAAAGCUUGUAUAAAAAAAGAGAGUCCAAAGUCCAGUGUAAGGUCAAGUUUUCUUUCCCCCACCAAAAACGGUCUGGUUGUAUGGGGCUUUUUUUCCUUUUUUUUUUUUUUUUUUUUUUUUUAAUUUUCUCUUGAUCCUCAGUUAUUUAUUCUGAUAAUCAUGUUUGGUGCAUAUUUUAUCCACUGGCUGGUUCAGCUGUCACUGGUGGUGAUUACUGCCAAAGGCAGGGUCUGUCUAAUUAAUGUUUUCCUUCUCAUCUGCUGAAUUUAUAUAGCCAUUAAAGAUAAAUAUGGAUGCUUUGUGGCAUUUAGACCCCAGAUUAUACUUUCUCAUACAUAGCCACUAGGGAGACUUUUGCUGCAUCUUAUUAUGGCAUAAAGGCACCAAAAUGCUCAAACGGGGUAAGUCAGACUGAGUCGUGCCAAGUUGUUAUGGCCCAGACAGUCUCUCUUUAGACUUAUUUUGAAGAUAAACUUUAUUCCCAAAUAAAGCUUUCAGCUGGAAGGUUGGUUUUUUCCCCUGUUUCCCUGAAGUAGAAAGAAUUCAAAGGGAUGCUGUCAUCUAGUUUUUGCCCAGGAUCUGAUCUCCUUUGAAAUGGUUAUGAGCUGGUAAGGAAUUUUCUCUAGAUUUAACUCUUUCCAAAUAAUGGCCUUGUUUUUACUGUUUUUCUGAACCUGCAUGCAGAGUAACAGCAAGAUUUUGGGUACUCCUCUUCCCCUACAGCCCCUAGAAAUGCUAGGGAACAUCCAAGAGUACUGAAAUGCUGCAAAUUUAAAAGAAAACAGACUUUAAAUAGCAUGUAAUUGAGCUGUAUAAAUCACUGGUGCAUUACUGCAGCCAGGAUCUUAGAAGGAUUCAGCAGAGGAUCAGAUACUCAGGUGGAGAAUAACAACAUCCAAGUGCCAUAGCACAGAAAUGGCUGAUAUAUGUAAACCACCUAUACUUCAGGGGAGAUGCCAAGUUCUGAGUGCCUGGAGUAAAAAAGGCUUCCCCCCCCACCCUUUAAGGAAAGAAACAAACCAAACCAGGCUAUUCUGUAGCUGUGCACCAGAUGUUUGGUCUAGCUUCUACUGAGGAAUAUGUUUUGGGUUAUUGUCAGGUAGAGCGUUAACAGCUCCAAUUCAUCAUCUCUAAGACCUUGUGGUAGAGUAGAUGGAGAAGUUACUGCCCAUAGUCAAUGUGCGUGCUCUGAGGUUUGGAAGGUUUGGAUCCACCCAGCAUCUCCCACUGCCCAGCCUGGAGAAACAAGGCACUUACAUGCUGUGUCUCAAGGAGGAGAAAAAAAAAAAAAAAUUCUGUCCUACCUUUCAACAUGAGGUCUAGCUCUGAGCACUUGAAGUUCACAUCUGGGAAGCUUGAGAGUCAGCAGGGAGCAAUCUUUUCUGAAUAUUCUUUGCACAUGGCUUUGUAGUGGAAGAGAAGAGGUUGUCUAUUAAAUUCCAGAAAGCCCGACGGUAACGUUGCCGAUGCCUAGAAGAAAGAGAAAAAUGUCUUUACCAUCAACAAGUACUGCUCUCAUGUUGAAGAGGAGAGGAGAGUCUGGGUGCAAGUGUAACGUUGGCUGCACCAAGUCAAACGCCUCAGGAUCGAUACUCCUUUCCUAUCUGUGUAACUCUGACUUCAAGAUGCCGGUUAAUCUUGCUAGUCUCGAGUGCCGAAGCAAGAACAUAAUGAUGGCGACUAUGACAUAAAGAGAGUUUGAUUUUUGCUUUUAAUCCUGUGGCUUCUCUAGCCACAUCUUGAGGUUUUCCUCUGGAUUCUGACGAACCCAGCAUUUGGGCUUGCUUCAGAGCAGACUGCAAAAUGUACAUGUGUAUAUUGACCUGUAUAUUUUAUAGCUAUAAAAGGGGCUGUUAGCUGUGCUCAGUCCAUCGCUCAGCUGGUUAAAAGAAGAUGCAAAACACAAACAACUGCUACAGCUCCUCAUUUGUCUUUCCAAGCACCAUGCCCUGGUAGUUUGUGGCAACUGCUGAGUGUGUCGUUUGGGCUAAGGCAGCUGCCUGUCAUCAGGCAGAAAAUGACAUCACAUAUCUGCUCCUUGGCCACUCAUCUGCGUUCAGCAGUUGGGAAAACACAGCACAGGGUUUAUCAGAGACCAAUGAGAGGUUGGUUCUGCUCCUAUGAAAGUUGGGGGCUAACCCCCACAUUUUUUACAUCAAUGGGAGCAUGACCCAUAUCAAAAAAUAUUCUCUUAAUAACUAAAGGCCUACUUUCCACAUACUUGAAUUUACAGCACAGCUGGACUAUUUUGAGGGACUAAAGGCACUUUAACUGUCUUUUAAUGCAAUGUAUUUACUAUGGAUUAUCUGCAUGGAAUACAGUCAAUAUUAAAAAAAAAAAAUCUUCCUUUUGGACUGCUUUGUUUUCAAAAUAAAACAUGCAAAGAAUUAUUGGUCAUGUUAUGUGAACUUCAAAGCAGGAUGGGAAUUAUUUUCAUCCUGUAUUAUUUUAAUUGACACUAUAAGAAUAAAAAAAAAAUCCUUA